UGGUGGUUUGGGCAUAUGCAGCGCCGAAGCGCAGGGUGGGUUCUACAACUUCAUCGUCUGUUCUUUUCCCUUGGAGUUUACUGACAAUUUACAACUUCGUACAAGCGGCUUCUGGAAAUUGUAGGCAACCUGGAUUCCUUCUGAGGGUAGAAUUGCCUGUCUUUCUGUUUCACCAGUACAAAUGUGCCGCCGGAACGCACGUAAUACACAGGGAAUUUGUGGCUUCUACACAGAUGUAUCUGCUCCCAAAUAACUGGCAUUUAGCGAGCUGCCAGCGAGUGAGGGCGCCCACAGCGGCCAGUUGUUCUGCAAAGCCAGAGUGUUGGGCUGUGAUGUAGGAAGUGUUAUAGAGUAGAGGAGUCUGGGACUGUCCCCACCUCAGAGAUGAGCUUGUCAUUGUUCAGCUUCUAAAGCCCUUUCAGGGCCAUAAACUCCGCAAACACGGCAUGGGCCUCUCUAUUGUAUGACCACUGAGCACAACAUGGAAACUACAAUUUGCCAACAGAUGAACCACUUUCUGGAGAGUCCACUGGUGACCUGGGUGAAAACCUUUGGCCCACGUGGGAAUGAGAAUGAAAGUAAAUCGGCCAUGUAUAUGGAACUUGUGGAUGGAGUCUUCCUAAACAAGAUCAUGGUUCAAAUAGAUCCUCGACCCUCCAAUCAACGUGUCAACAAACAUGUGAACAAUGAUGUCAGCCUACGAGUCCAGAAUCUUACUAUACUGGUGCGCCACAUUAAGGCCUAUUAUCAGGAGGUUCUCCAGCAACUGAUUGUGAUGAACUUACCAAAUGUUUUAUUGAUCAGCAAGGAUCCCCUCACUGGUAAAAGCAUGGAAGAACUAAACACAAUUUUGCUUCUGAUGCUGGGUUGUGCUGUGCAGUGUGAAAGGAAAGAGGAAUACAUUGAACGGAUCAAGCAGCUGGAUAUUGAGACUCAAGCAGGAAUAGUAUCUCACAUUCAGGAGGUAACCCAUAAUCAGCAGAAUGUGUUUGACCUUCAGUGGUUAGAACUUCCUGAUAUGGCACCAGAUGAGCUGGAUUUACUCUCCAGGAACAUGGCCUUGCACCUUAAGAGGCUUAUUGAUGAAAGGGAUGAAUGCAAAGAGGUAAUUGUCGAUUUGACACAGGAGAGGGAUUAUUUGCAGUUCCAAAAAAAGUCUUCAAGUCCUGAUGCAUCAACUAACAUGGUCAGUCAUGUGGUCAGUGAGGACAAGAAGCACCUGGCGGUGGAGCUCGCUGAGAGCAAAGCAAAGCUCCGUAGAAUACGUCAAGAGCUGGAAGAAAAAUCCGAGUUGUUGUUGGAUACAAAGCAUGAAGUUGACAGACUCAACCUGGAACUACAGAAGAUUAAACAAGAGAACUUCCAAUUUGCCGCUGAGGCUCGAACAGCGCGCACCUACAGGGAUGAAAUAGAUUCCUUGAAGGAAAGAGCCAGCAGAGUGGACCGUUUGGAGAAUGAGUUGGCCCGGUGCAAAGAAAAGCUGCAUGAUGUCGAUUUCUACAAGGCUCGAAUGGAUGAACUGAGGGAGGACAAUAUGAUCCUGAUUGAGACAAAAUCCAUGUUAGAGGAACAGCUGGCUGCUGCACGAACCCGGACAGACAAACUUCAUGAGCUUGAAAAAGAAAAUUUACAGCUGAAGUCAAAAAUUCACGACCUUGAACUGGAUUGUUACUCAGACAAGAACAGAAUUGAGGAGUUGCUGGAAGAAAACAUGGUACUGGAGAUAGCUCAGAAGCAGAGCAUGAAUGAGUCGGCUCAGUUGGGCUGGGAACUGGAGCAGCUAUCCAGAAGCACUGACCUGUCUGAUGCAAGAAAGUCAUUUGUGUUUGAGUUAAAUGAAACCACGUCCAGCAAGAUAUUAAAGCUGGAAAAAGAAAACCAGGGCCUUCAGAACAUUAUUCAGGAGUUAAGAGAGGCCUCACUUACCCUGGAGGAGGGCAACCUUAAGGGACAUGAGUUGGAAAAGGAAAAUCAGCAGCUCAGUAAAAAGAUUGAAAAUUUGAAUCAGCAAAUUGAGAGGGAGCGACAGAGCAGCGCAGAUAUGGAGAGUCUAAGUGAAGAUCUUCUGAAAGAAAAAGACCAGCUUUCUCAAGCAUUAGAGAAUAUAAAAUCUGAAAAAGAGAAACAGAUUAAAGAGUUGGGACAGGAAAAUAAGCACCUCAUUCAAACACUGGAGGCGGUUCGGCAAAGGUCUCAGGUUAGCACUGAAGCAAGAGUUAAAGAUAUUGAAUUGGAAAACAAAAUCCUUCAUGAGACUAUUAAAGACAGAAGUUGCAAUGUGAAUGAGUUGGAAUAUAAAAAGAAGCAGCUACAAAAAGCUUUUGAUCAGUCCAAGGAACAAGUGGAGAAGAUGGAGAAGGAGUUACAAAGACUGGAAAACCAGAAUGAAACAUUGACUAAGAAAGUUACCUCCAUUAAGUUGGUAGAAGAAAAGAUGCAAGUGGUAGAAAAAGAAAAUGAAGUAUUAGAUGGAGAGAACAUAGUGUUGAAGAAGUCUUUGGACACAUUGCAGAAUGUUACAAUAAGGUUGGAAGUACUGGAGAGUGAGAACAAACAACUGGAUGAAGAAAACCUUGAACUGAGAAGAGCAGUUGAAGCCAUGAGGUUCUCUUGUACAAAAAUCACACAGAUUGAAAGAGAAAAUAAUGAGCUUCAGAAGAAAAAAGAGGAGCUGCAAAAGAAUGUUGAGCUUCUGAAAGCACUUGGGAAGAAGUCAGAGCGCUUGGAAGUCCAUUACCAGGGCUUGAGCAAUGAGAACUGGAGACUACAGCAAAUGUUAGACAAUGGAAAUAAAAAGAUGAAUGAUCUAGAGAAGGAGUUGCAUGAUGCUGAGAUGGAGAAUAAAGAGCUUCAAAGGUCCUUGGAGGAACUGAAAAUUUGUAACAAAAGGCUGGAGAGAAUGGAGGAAGAAAACAAAGCUAAAGAGCAAGAAAUGGUCCGGCUGGAGAAAGAUAAUAAAAUAUUACAGAAAGAGUCAAAAAGACUGUGGCAGCAGGUGGAGCUGAAAGAUGCUAUCAUAGAUGACAACAAUGUGAAGCUAACAGAUUUGGAGAAAGAAAACCGUGCACUAGAAAAAGAGGUAUCCAAGCUGAGAGACUUAUCCACUAAAACGCGAGAUCUGGAGAGGGAGAACAAGGAUCUUCUACAACAAAUGACUGUUGACAAGAGAACACUAGCUACAUUAAGAGAGGAUCUUGUCCUAGAGAAAUUAAAAACCAAGCAAAUGUCAAAUGAGUUGGAUAAGUUGAGCCUUGAGUUGGAAAAAAUUGGCCUAAAUAAGGAAUUGAUGUUGCAGGAUGAGAACAGCAAUGCUGAAAAAAAAUACAAACUCCUGGAGAAGAAGAUUGAAUCAACACUAAAGACAUCACUAGCAGUGAAAGAAAACAAGAUAUUGACACUGGAGAUGAAGAUAGAGGAGACAAGCAGUCUGAAUCAGCAACUGCAGAAUGAACUAAAUUUGAUUAAGAAAGACGUUGUAGCAUCCAAGCAAAACCUGAAGGGAACUGCUCAGAAUUCAUAUACAACGCUCAGCUUGAAACCAGAGUGCAACAGCCAGUUAAAAGGACAACGAGAGACCACUGUGGAACUGCUUAAGUUUAAGGACCGAAUUAUUGAGCUGGAAAGAAAUAAUGCAGCCCUGCUAGCUGAGAAGAAGCUGAUCAGAGAGCAGUUGCAACAUCUGGAAUCACAGACUCUUAACCUCAGCAAUCAGAUGGGGACAUUACAGAAACAGGUCACCUUUCUUCAAGAACACAACAUUGCUCUGCAGACGCAGACAGCCAAUCUACAGGUUGAGAAUGCCACUGCCACAUCCCAGGUUGCUUCUUUGAAGUCCCAGAUCUCCCAAUUCCAGAACCAGCUUUCUACUCGGGAAAGUGAGAAUGAGAUUCUCCAGCAGCAGAAGGAGCACUUAAGGGUUAAGCAUGAAUCACUGCUUCAGGACCAUGAGCAUUUGGCCUCACUUCAUGAACGCCAGUCCGCAGAGUAUGAAGUGCUGAUCAGCCAGCACAGUACCCUGAAAAGCCAGUACAAGAGCCUGGAACAGGCACAUCGUAACCUAGAGGAGAGCUACAAUACACUAAUGAAGCACAAAGAAGAGCAGGAGGACUUGGAUGCAGUUUUAAAGAAAGAGCAGGAAGUUCUGCAACAAGAAAGGCGGAAGAACUUUGCUGCUGUGGAAGAAAACCAGAAGCUAAAGUCAGAUCUGGAAAGGUUAAAUUUCUUGCACGGAGAACUGCAGACAGAAUACAACAGCCUUCACAAGCACACUAAGGAGGUAAAAACCUCCCUGAACAAUGCCCAGAUGGAGCUAAACCGCUGGCAGGUACGCUUUGAUGAAUUAAAAGAGCAACAUCAGACCAUGGAUAUUUCCCUCACCAAACUUGAUAACCACUGUGAGCUUCUCACCCGUCUGAAAAGCAACCUAGAGGAGGAAAACCACCAUCUUCUGAGCCAGAUUCAUAUGCAUAGCCAGCAGAACCAAAUGCUGCUGGAGCAAAGCAUGGAGACUAAGGAGCAGUACCACGAGGAACAAAAGCAAUACAUAGAUAAAUUACACGACUUGAGAAGGCAAAAGGAGAAGCUGGAAGAAAAGAUCAUGGAUCAAUAUAAAUUUUAUGAUCCAACUCCAAAAAAGAAAAGCCACUGGUCAGGAGCCAAAGCUAUUGCAAAGCUGAUAAAACCAAAGAAGGAACCCUCCCGGGAAAGUGUAAAAUCUCCCACAGAUGUUCGGAGUAAGUCAGUGGAUAAUGCAGAGAUGGCUGCCUCACCAUCAUCUAUGAGACCACUUCAGUUCCCCCAGGAGAGUCUCGAUAAUUCAUCACUUGGCUCUGAUGAGAAAGGCAGCCCCAAGGUUUUGCCUAGUAAAGUAAUGGUAGAGGUUGCUCAGAGGCAGCAAAGAAUGUCCUACCUUGGUGGUGGUGAACAAACAGAUGGUGUGGAACAUCUCACUCACUCUAGGAGAAUGGAGUCAGGAUCCAAGACUUUCUCUACAUCUGCAAUUCACCUUACUGCCCCUGCACUCAAUGCUAAAGCUCUGCAUUUAUCCAGACCUAAAGGCUACGAUUCUGAUGAUAAUCUAUCCGACCAACUGCAAGAAGCUGAACGCAACACUGGAGGUUCACUUGUGCCAUGGAGCAGCAGUUUAGAAGGCAGCAGAAGCGCAUCAAAUAGCAGCUCGUCCCUAACUCUCAAAGGCAGGCCGGAGAGUUUGAGCAGUGAAGAUAAGAUUCCCACCAAAGAUAUGUCAACUUUACCUAGAGAGAGUAACUUGUGCCGUCCGAAUGCUGUUAUGCCGGGAGCUACUAAAAACAAAGAGUCUCCAGUCAACAGAAACAGCCCAGAAAGAAAAAGUUCUAGCUGUACCCAAACCAGGCCACGUGCUGGGUCCCCAGCCAGUGAAAUGGUGACUUUGGAAGAGUUUCUAGAAGAGAGUAUCACACAGUCACCACCCAGUGACACUGUUACAAACAGAGAUGAUAUGCUUGGUGACUUUUUUAAGAAGACCACAGACCCUUCUGCUAUUCGAAGCCCCUUGUCUCCACUCACUUUUAGGGAUGCUACCCAGAUGCCUACAAGCUUUGUAAGUCCCACUGUGAAGAUAACUGGUGAUACAACUGAAGGAUGGUUAUCCAAGCCAGGCCAGUAUGUGAAACCAUAUCCCAGGCAUUUGGAUACUCCACUAAAUGGAACAUAUUCUCUCCAACACCAACCAAAUGUUUAUUCUACUACAUCUUCCAGCCAGACCCCAGAGCCACAGAAGCUGUCACCUCAUGGAACGAUGGGCAGCAGAAGUACCUCACUGAGCAGAGCAUUCAAUCUGGCUUCAGCAGACCUCCUCAAAAAUAAUAGUUCUGAAAUAGCCAGGCAAGAAAUGUCUGAUGUAGAAACACCAGUGGGAAAGGAUUUUGGUAGCCACAUGUUACGAUCCUCUACUCCUUUGGGGUGUCAGUCUUCUUUAAAAGAGAAGCUGCAAUCUGCAAGGAUGCUGCUUGGGGAUGAACCCCGAUGUCGUUCACUGGAUUCACGGCGCUUGUCUUUGGCGCUGCAAAAGGAAGAACCAACAUCACAGUCUGCUCCAUCGGCUAACAGCCUACAGCAGCAUUAUACACUUGGCCAUGGUGCCAUCCGAGGAAAAUCCAAAGUUCUUUCUCGAUCUGGAGAGGUAGCCUUAGUAUCACCAGUCCGCCCCAUCUCCAGUAUCCCAGAGCUGGAAGCUCCUCAGCGGUUGACUUCUGCUGGGCCUGAGAAAUCUCGAAGCACCUCACCUGACUGCUCUCCUGCACCAGUCUGCGAAGAAGAGCCCAACAAAUCUGGAACUCUAAAAAGUACCCCUUCAUCACCAGACCCAAGUGUUGAUCCUCAGACUCUUUGGUAUGAGUACGGCUGUGUGUGAAGUUUAACACACUAGAUAUACUGUAGCUAUUUACAUAUAGCUCUUGUGUUGCUUCCUUUUGGGAUUUUACUUUAAAGGGAUACUGUCAUGGGAAAAAACAUGUAAAAUGCACCAGUUAAUAGUGCUGCUCCACCAGAA